AAACUUGAAGUUGGAGUCGAAGCCAAUUGCACAGGCAGAGGAAGCGCCAUGGUUGCCAUGCCGUAGGUGCACAGCUGUGGCCUCCCAGAAGGAAAGCUUUCCAGCUGCAGGAGGUGCAUUGAAGCUGCUUCGACUGCCUGGACGGACGUCUCCCCAGGAGAACCUCAUGUAGUUGAAAUUUAGCCAAAAUCGGGUCGUAGGGACCGCCGAAGAAAGGAGGGGCCCCUUACGAACGGCAACCAUUACCUGUUAAAUUCAAAUGUUAGACAGGCCCACGCAAUAGCACGCAUCCGUGUUGACCAUCUCAGAGUGUUAACAGUGAAGCAUGGAUGAUCAUUUGAUGCUUACCGAUCCAACUUCGGAGGAGGGGCCAGAGGGAGUUCUUGUGGCCCCAGAGUGGCCUCCGUGGUCGGAAUUUAACCCGGACGAUGACUCACUUGCAACUGGGUGGAACAGUUUGCUGCAAGUCGGGAACGAGAAUGACGGGGGCAUUGGUGGGAUGCAGGAUCAGCUUCUUUCAGAACCUGCUUUGAAGGAUGACCUAAAGCCCGUUUCGGAUUCAAGUGAAGGGAUGUUACCAGCCACCCACCCGCCCGAGGCAGGUCCCUCGCAGCCUUUCCAUCAUGGUGCACAGUCAGCCCCCGCCCCAUUGCAGCAGCAAUUAGAGCAGCAGCAGCAGCAGGAAGCGCAGAAUGCUUUGCACAAUAGCUGGCCAAUGACUGGCCCCGGUCCUUUGAGGGGCCACGCAGGAUCCUCUUUACUGCCUGGGAUGUCUGGGAUGGUGUCUCAAGCCGCCGCAGCGGACAGCGAUGAAAGAGCAAACCUUUUGUGGGGUGCCCCUUCAUCCAAGCAGCGCCUGCGUUGGACCCCGGAGUUGCACGAACGGUUUAUAAAAGCUGUGGAGUCUUUGGGAGGACCCGACAGGGCAACUCCUAAAAGGAUUCUAGAGCUGAUGGAGGUCAAAGGCCUCGAGGUAUCGCAUGUCAAGAGCCAUUUGCAGAAAUUUCGUAUUGCAACACGAAUACCGGAGUUGGGAACCUAUGGGAUGCACAUGGGGAGCUACCAACUUACCGCCCUUCCCAACUCCCCGAUGCCCUCCCCUUCUCCCCCCCUCCCCAACCCCGCCCGGCGCCCCCCCCGCUCCAUCCCGCUCCUCUAGUAAACAAUCGCACAGACAGGAGUCCCAUAAGCAGGAGGUUGUGUCGCCAGCACCUAUCGGUCCAGAACAGGACCUCUCUCCGAAGGCUCGAAAGCCAAGCCCCCAGCCAAAGGUGCUGCAGCAAAUGGUCCAGCCUGCAGCGCCGCUGGAACCACCGCAGCCGCAAGCGCAAGCACCUCCACAGCAGGGGCCAGCCACAGAGGUCGGCGUCGGUGCUGGUGCUGGGCCUGGGGCGGGGGCCGGGGCUGGCGGCAUGGACAUAAUGGAGGCCCUCCGGAUGCAGAUGGAAGUGCAGAAGAAGCUCCAUGAACAAUUGGAGGCUCACCGGCGAUUGCAGCAGUCGAUGGAGGCGAACCUGCGGCGGAUCCUGGAGGAGCAGCAGCGCCAGACCAGCAGCACGGGCGCGUCCGACUCGGAACCCUCGGGGCGCAGCGCGACGCAGUCGGAGCAGCAGUCGCUCCUCGCGCAAGGCCAGCAGCUGCUGCAGAUGUCGCAGCGGCAGCUCACGCAGCAGACGCUCACCGCCCCCCGGCUGCCGCAGCUGGACCUGCCCCCCCCGAAGCAGCGCAAGGCGCGGGAGGUGUCGG